UUUUAUACACAAUCCAUUGUCUAUUUUGUUUCAAAGCUCAGAUCUUUGAUUCAUCCCGGUCCUCUUCUUUAUCACAACAGUGAAAUAUUGAAAGGAAGAAAUAUGGCUUCACCUACAAGAAUAGGGCUAGCCGGUUUGGCUGUUAUGGGUCAAAAUCUUGCGCUUAACAUCGCUGAGAAAGGCUUCCCCAUUUCUGUUUACAAUAGAACCACCUCUAAAGUCGACGAGACUGUCGAAAGAGCUAAACAGGAAGGUGAUCUUCCUGUAUAUGGUUUCCAUGAUCCUGAAUCUUUCAUUCAUUCUAUCCAGAAGCCUCGAGUGGUGAUCAUGCUUGUUAAGGCCGGGCCCCCUGUUGACCAAACCAUUAAGACUCUUUCUGCGUACAUGGAGAAAGGUGAUUGUAUCAUCGAUGGUGGCAACGAGUGGUAUGAAAACACUGAGAGACGAGAGAAAGAGAUGUCGGGACUGGGUUUAUUGUACCUUGGGAUGGGAGUGUCGGGUGGUGAAGAAGGUGCACGGAAUGGUCCCUCUUUAAUGCCUGGAGGGUCCUUUGAGGCUUACAAAUACAUUGAAGAUGUUCUUCUUAAGGUUGCAGCUCAAGUUCCGGAUAGUGGUCCAUGUGUGACAUACAUCGGCAAAGGAGGAUCCGGUAAUUUUGUCAAGAUGGUUCAUAAUGGAAUUGAAUAUGGGGAUAUGCAGCUGAUUUCGGAGGCUUAUGACGUGCUGAAAUCUGUAGGAAAAUUAUCGAAUGAAGAACUACAUAGUGUUUUCCGGGAAUGGAACAAUGGGGAGCUUUUGAGCUUCUUGAUUGAAAUCACUGCUGAUAUAUUUGGAAUCAAGGAUGACAAGGGAGAUGGUUAUUUAGUCGAUAAGGUUUUGGACAAAACCGGGAUGAAAGGUACCGGUAAAUGGACUGUACAGCAAGCUGCUGAUUUGUCCGUUGCGGCUCCAACGAUUGCAGCUUCUUUGGAUUCAAGGUUCCUCAGUGGGUUGAAGGAGGAGAGAGUUGAAGCUUCCAAAGUCUUCAAAUCAGGAGGAUUUGACAAUAUCUUGACCGACCAAGUCGUGGACAAGGCGAAAUUAAUCGUCAAUGUAAGGCAAGCACUUUAUGCAUCCAAGAUUUGCAGUUAUGCUCAGGGCAUGAAUCUCAUUCGUGCAAAAAGCAUCGAGAAAGGUUGGGACUUGAAGUUGGGGGAACUGGCUAGGAUAUGGAAGGGAGGCUGCAUUAUCCGAGCUAUUUUCCUCGACAGAAUCAAGAAGGCUUACGAUAGAAAUCCCGAACUUGCUAACCUUCUUGUUGAUCCCGAGUUUGCAAAGGAAAUCAUCGACAGGCAAUCUGCUUGGAGAAGAGUUGUUUGUCUUGCUAUCAACUCAGGUAUUAGCACUCCAGGCAUGUCAGCCAGUCUGGCUUAUUUCGACACUUACAGAAGGGAAAGAGUGCCGGCUAAUUUGGUUCAAGCUCAACGAGACUAUUUUGGUGCCCAUACAUAUGAAAGGGUCGAUAUGGACGGAUCUUUCCACACUGAAUGGUUCAAAAUUGCCAAAAAGCUAAAAGAUUAAGGUUACUCUACUGGUACUUCUUCGGAACUUGCAAUAAGUGUAAUAAUAUCUGCUCUGAACUCUAUGCUACACAGAGCUACAACUAUGGUUAUUUCUUUAAAUUUUACCUUAAUUUCACUCUGCGAA